GCCUCGCUGACCGCCGUCCACGCCAUGCCCAGCCGGACGCGCCCCAAGAUGGACGGGAGCGGCGGCCGCGUCCGCCUCAAGGCGCACUACGGCGGGGACCUGUUCAUCAGCAGCGUGGACCCAGCCACCACCUUCCAGGAGCUGUGUGCGGAAGUGCGUGGCCUGUGCAGGCUCAGCGGCAGCCACCCGCUCACCCUCAAGUGGGUGGACAGCGAAGGCGACCCCUGUACCGUGUCCUCACAGAUGGAGCUGGAGGAGGCCUUCCGCCUGGCCUGUCAGCGCAGGGCAGUGCUCGUCUUCCACGUCUUCCCGAGCGUCCCUGCACAGCCCGGCCUGCCCUGCCCCGGCGAGGACAGUGAGUACCACAGCCCCUGGACCGGGCCUCCAAGGCUGGUGUCCACUCUGAUACCCUCACCUUGUCUGCUCACGCCCAGCUCGGCGCUGUGGGCUGAACCUGGACUGGACUCGGCGCUGUGA